AUCCUCUCUGAUCUCCUGCUUAAUGACAGCUAACAGGUCCCUUAUUAUAACAAUACCUAUUGUUAGUUGUUGCCUUAACCCUGUAAACUAAUCCAUAAUUUAAUGUAACUCCUGUGAAGUAACUGAGUGAAGAAUGUCACUUGCAAUUUUCAACUUUUUUUCAAUACCAGUAAUAAUUGAGGGAAUCUCAGUACCUGUGCAUGGUUGUUGCAAUAUAAUUGGUGGCACCCUAUUCAAACACAUUGCUUUGGGAUUACUGGUCACUUGAAAAUGGGCAUCACUGGAGAGCUGGUUAGGAGUGUCUUCUCCAGAAACCGCUCCGAUGGAACUCAUGAGAGCAAUGCAAGAAUCACUCCAGGGGAUCACAGGAAAAGGUGGAGUUCUGUUAGGCUAUACCUUUGUGGUGAAGAGCUUAAUUCAGUGCUUGCAGAGGAGGAUUCAGCUUCAGUCAAGAGCUCUGAGGCCACUGUUACACAGCCCAUGCUAGAGGACACUGAAGACAAAGGAGACGUCCAAAAUGAAGAGACCAAAGAAGAUAUGCCGAAGGAAAAGCAUAAUUCAACUUCCAAAUUAUUCCGUCAAGAAGAUGCAGCGAUCAUCAUUCAGUCCGCGUUCAGAGACUUUCUGGCUAGGCAUAAAAGAGAAGAAACCAAGUCAAAGGAGGAUGGGCAGGAACUUGCUCUGGGAACAGAAAGUCCAAGUAGAGAUUCACUAGGCACAUCAAUUGAAGUUCAGACUGGAAAUUCUGUGGAAGUUCUCUCUGUUAGAGAGGAAAACGUGUCUGUGCAUCAUCGAGUGCAAAAGAGAGCCAGAACUCAGGUUUUCAGGCUAAAGGAAGAUUGGGAUGAUAGCACGGUGAUUAGCAACAUUUCGAAAAAGAGGAUUCAGAACAGACUGGAAGCAACAAGCAGGCGAGAAAGGGCACUGGCAUAUGCUUUCUCACAACAGUUACGAAUCUGCUCGAAGAAGAAACAAACUAAAUCUGAUGGCACCCAGCCCAACAUGAGUUGGAGCUGGCUAGAAAGGUGGAUGGCAACACGAGUUCCAGAAUGCUCAGUGGAAAGCUGUACUGGCAAACAACUUGAGCCAGUAAACAACAAUUACAGAUUUGAUUUCGGGGAGAGAUUUUCUGAUGUGGCAGUAGAAGAGAGAGAGAGUUGCGGGUCUAAUGAGGUAUCUGUCCAAUUUGAUAGCUUAUCAAUAGCAUCAAACAACAAGGAUGGCUUCAAGCACGCUAAGAGUAGGCUUAAGGCUACCAGAACCAUAUCACGGCGGAAAACAGCCCCAAGCUAUCAGUGUCCGACAGAGCAAGCUAAGGUAAUCAAGAAAGGGUGUUCAAAGGAGACUGAACAAGACAAGGAGCAGAAAACGGAACCACCAUCAAGUGGCAGAAAAGAAAUGAAACGCAGUGCUUCAUCUUAACCAAUGUAGCUUGUAACUUGUGUCAUAAUCAUCAAAGAAAUUUCCAAUAUGUAGGGGAACAUUGUAUCAUACUACUUGCAAUCCAUUUCAGAAGGAUUUAUGGCUUUCAAA